AAGAUGACGAAAUUACUCCUGAACGUGACGAUCCAGGGUAUCCUAGGGCCAGUACAGGUGUUGAUGUCGUCGGAGAUGACCGUCGCCGACCUUGUAGCGGCUACCAUACGCCAAUACAUGAAGGAAGGCCGUCGGCCGAUUUUGCCGACUGUAAAUCCUUCCGCCUUCGAUCUUCAUUAUUCGCAAUUCAGCUUAGAAAGCUUGAACAAGGAGGAGAAGCUAAUCGCCUUAGGAUCGAGAAACUUCUAUCUGUGCCCUAGAAAAUCGAAGAACAGCGACGAUUUAAUAGCGUCUCCAUCGUCGUCCUGCUCGACACAAGCCAAAGAAAGCGCGAAGAGUUCCAGCAGUUUCAGUUGGUUCAAAUUCAUCGAUUUCCAGAUUUAGUUACCGCCACACAUCGAAUCGAUUCAUAAUUUUCAAUCCGCCACUGUGAAAAAUCAUCUUCAAAUUCUCUAUUCCAUAUAAGUUUGGAAUUAUCUCCACUUUGCAAUUGUUUGGUUAGAUUAUUACCGGAAUUCGAUCGAGCAAAGGAAAGGGAACAUUUCUGCAACUCUGUUCUUCGCUUGCUUGCUCGGAAUCGACACCAGAAAUUUUCAAUUUUCAAUAUGUAAAUAAUAAUAGUUUCGAUGUGGAAACUAAGAUUUUCCUGUGAAGAGUAGAAAUUAUGUGAAUUUCUUUUAUCAAAUUCAAUUGUGAGUCUGAAACAUAAAGAUUCAAUGAACGAAGUCCCGACACGAAGAAUCGUGAGAUUCUGUA